ACAUCCCACGUACAUUUGGCUUUUGUGAUUCAUCAAUCAAAAUGAUUAAAUAGCAAGAGCAACUACUAGAAAGAUGCCGAUAUACUCUGUUGAUCGCAUGAUGAAAUAGCAGCGAUAACAAACAUGCCGUUUGACAUCUUGCUCACAAGUAUGCUUGUGACUAGAUAUCACUCAAUUGAAGCUAAGAGACCCUUCUCUUGUCCACUUAUGUCACAAAUUGUCCUCAGAUAUUCUAGGUAAUAUGCGAACCAUCAUAUACAAGAGUCGAGGCUUUAGUGUAAUCUUUGAAUAGCUAUCACAAGCAAUCAAUGAGUCAUUUCCCUGUGUCUACAUAACUAGGUAAGUAGGAUCAAGUGCGGUAACAAAGUUAGGUAUUCAUCUCUUCCCACUUGCUUGACAUUCUCUCUUUCAUUCCAAACACCCCUCAGACCAUACAACAUGAACACACAACCCAGAAAACCCUCUCCCAAAUUCUCAAAUGUAGAUCUCAUACCAUGGGAUCCAGACUCUCCAUCCCACAUCGAGAGACUAUUCAAUCAGCGAGUAGCCUGCACAUGGAAUUCAGAAUAUGUAGAAUCGUGGCGGGAAAAACAGAGACAGGGCGCUAUUACUCUUCAAUGGAUUGUACGUAUCCCAUAUACCAUACUCCAUCAUCCAUCGAAACACGCCUAAUAUUAUCCUAAUAGGUCCUACCGAUUAGCUGCCCCACUCGCGAUGAGCUUCAUAACCUUCAUAUAAUGCGCUGUCCGCUGGAAUCAGAGCUUUUGGUUGAUUCAGCUACUACUUUCAAUGCACUGCCUCGUACUCCCCCCUCUCCGCCUUACUCUUUCCUACCUAUCGGCCAUAUAGCCCUCGAGGUGCAACCACCCUCCCCGUCGCCUUCUCCCCCCACCACCACCACUCCAUUUUACUCCACCUACAGAAUAUCCGGCUUAUAUAUAUCCAGCGUACUGCGUAGCUACGGCCUGGGCCGCUCAGCUAUGGAUACAAUCGAAACCCUCGCAUGCUCUCCUCCUAUCUCCGCCCAGAAACUCAUUCUAGAAGUUAUAGCCAAUGAGUACCCAGGGAAAGAGGAAAGGAUAUUGGCGUUGAAGGCUGAGGAGCUGUCGGUUGAGAGAGAGGAUUGGUAUGUUAGGAGGGGGUAUAAGAUUGUGGGGUUCAAAGAUGGAAUGUGGCCUGAGAGGGAUGAGAUGGGACGGGUUUGGACGGCGAGGUGUUUGUUUAUGGAGAAGGUUAUCUAGUAGCGGGGGCGGGAUGGGAACGGAGGGGAAAGGGGAGAAGUUUGGGAGUAUGGUGUAUUUCUUAUGUGGAGGUUGGAUCAUUUGUAGAUGUGGAUAGAUGUGCUGGAGGAGAUGAAUGUACAAACACAAAUAAAUACUGGGAAGCAU